CUGUGAUAUGUGAAGACACUCUUUUCUGACGAAGUUUCCGUCUGCGUGCUUCGAAACAUGUUAAUUCAUCAAAUGCGUGUUGUCGCAGAACAGAGUGUGCAACGUCUUUUUCGACGAGGCCCAAAAACAGCCGGGGUUCGGAGCUAUUUCACAUCGGAUGCCUUGCGGAUUCUGUAUUCGCGGGCCGCACUUGCAGAGAGGACCGUUAAAGAAGACGUUCGGCUCGGCGGCGCUCGUGUAUCAGAGGACUCGGCGUUAGUGCUCGAUCUGCUGGGAGAUGUCGACAGAUACGUUCAGUGCAAGCGUCUGGAGAACAUCCAAAAAAUCCUCGGGAAGAACUACGAUUUGCAAGGUCGAGAACAGCUUUUCUCUUCUAUGGUCGAACAGUAUUUGGCAUAUGGCGGAAAACCUAACGAGACCAUCGUGUAUGCCCUUCUAAAAUCGAGCAACUCUAGCUUUGGGCAACGUGGACUCGACCUUUUGACUGAGAUUGUUUCGAUGAAAACUACUGAAAACUCGAAAAAAUCUUCGAACAACCCUCCGUCUCGCGCGGACGAAGGUCAAGACAACCCCAGAAAUCUAGCUAUGCGUCUUAUACAAAAUACUGAACUCAGCACUCGUCUAAUUCAAAUUUUAAUGGAAAGAAAAGAAAAGGUGUUAUUAGAGCAAUUGCUGAAUCAAUUCGCGCUUCCAGCGGAUUUUCCGGCGCCGAUAUUUGAUCAACUUUUUGAGAUGGUCGACAACGUGUAUUCCCCAGAUUUUCUGCACAGAAUCGCCGGGUCUAAACUGGACUCCUUUCUAUCAUCUAAAUUUGACUUGAAAAGCCACCAUCUUCUUGCGCGAAUCAUCCGUCAAUUGCCCCCUUUCAAGCAUCGCCUUCCUGAAACCGUGCACAAGGCGAUUCUCCAUUGGUGCGACAGCGCUCCGGACUCUGAAACUCUCUACGCGCUCCUACAAAUCGUCGACUGGAAGGCCUGUCGAGCAGUCCCCGGGCGACUGCGUCUGGUACACCUAAUGACCAAGCACGAUGACCCCGCGAAUCUAGGAGAAUACCUUCUGUGCGUGGACAUGGAAAACACCGAUUGGACUCCGCGGCAGAUCGCCAAAACCGUUGCUUGGAUCUGGAGCAAACAACAAUUCCAACUUGUACUCGAUAUUUUAACGGCUUGGAAAUUGGAGUAUUUAUCAGAUCACAUUGAAAUUUACCUGAAAUUUCUGUUAGAUGUCCACAAAAUUUCUCCUGAAAAGAGUUUUUUGGAUUUGUGCGCCGUCUUAAGUCGAGCGAGCGGCACGAGCGCCUGUUCGCCCGACCGGCUAUUCCAGCUAUACAGAGUGGACAGUACGACAUGGAACCUAUCGCGUGCAUUGCCGGAGUCUUUGGCGAUACUGGUUUUGGCGAGGUACCCCUUGGAGGCGUUUGACGGUUGGACGAUACGGCAGCAAGACGAAUUUUCCACACAUUUUCCUCGAUUUUGCGCCUUGUUUCCUCGGAGCAUCUCCUUUGGACACUGGGGCGCGUACCUGUGCUUGUUGCUUCGACAAGCAGCGUGCUGGCCAAUCUUGUGUAGGAACAUCGACGAGUUCAUUGCUUCGUGGUUCUUGCACAGGCGUCAGGAGCUGAGGCGGAACGACAGGACGCUGCUCGAUCGAGCGUUGGGCGAAUUGGCCGAGCGCUGUUGGGAGAGUGGUCGACACGCUACGGCGAUCAACCUGAUGAGCAUUCUGCGUUAUGGCACGUCAAACGACGGCAACUCGCCUGGAGCGGAACUGUCAUUGAAAGACGCACAAUUGCCAUGGCAAUUAGCCGUUAGAACACAAUCUGAUUCAGUCCGCUCUUCUAUAGAUCGGAGCUUGCUCGAGUCUUCUGUGUUGCGCAUGUCUUCUUGCAAUGCGGCGAUCGCGAGUUUGGGGCUCAGGCUCGGGUUGAAUGCGAUGGUGUUGAACCACGAGCGAGAGUAUGCUGAGUUCAAGGCGAGAGACAUUGAGCUCGCGCGGCAAGUUUGGCAUUUGGUGUCGAAGAUUUGGAAAGUUAUGAUGUUGAACCAUGAGCGACUCGAAGUGCAUUCGGCGAAGACCAUUCUCUGGUUGUUGAAGACAUUGGAGCCCGAAAACAUGAGCGAACUGAUUCUUUUGAUUCAGAUGGCUGAGCUCGCCGAAAUUUGGCUGCCAGUUUCGACCUAUCAGAUUGACGGAUGUUUACGGUACAUGUACGAGAGGUCGUUGCUGGUCGAUGGGUCGAGCAUAUUUUGCGGAAGAAGGGGUAACGAUUGGAUCACCAAGCUCUCAUCUGAGUGUCUGUCGAGACGUGAUGCCUUUCGAUUUUUGCUGCGCUGUUUUGGAUUCGCUGGCCGCGCUGCCGACGCGAUCCAGUUGUUGAGGCAACAAACUUCGAACCAUUUAAGUCGACGAACCAUCACGCAAAAAGACAUCCAUGCCUUCCUGGGCCAAUGCCUUCGACGGAGGGAUUUGUGCGCUGCUCGCCAAUUUGCUGAAGGACUCAGUGACCUUGUCGAAGACCAGCAGGCCCUAUUCGUCUACAUGGUCACCUUUUUUGGACGAUGCGGUGAUUUAACCGCUGCGUAUCAAUACCACACACUUAUUCGUGACGAACUGUCGUUUUUAAGCGGGUCUCUUGCCCUCUUGGACGCCAUUUCUUCGAAUCGCUUGGCCGCGGUGGAAGCUCGGAAGGUGAGAGCAAAGGUCGUGUCCCCAGAGCUGCCCGCGAGCGACAAGAAGGCGUUGAUACACCAGUUUUUGAGUAGUCUCUUCGACAUGAACACCAAGCGGCUCAUACAAAAAAUGCCUUAGUGAUCUAAAAAUAGAGUGAAGUCUCAUUUUGGCAGCGACAUUUGGUGUCCGUUGCGUUUUCACGUUUUUCUAGAUCUUGUUUCCAGUCUAGGAGAUGCGCUUGCCUUUCUGCUAGCGUUUGCAUGCGAAUGCGGUUGAGUUGU